AUGCUGAGGUCUCCGGUGGCUGGGCCCACUGGGCCCACUGGGCCCAGUGGCUUGGUGAAGCCCAGCUAUGUACCACCGGACUCCAAUCCACGGCCACAAGAUGUGCAUAGCCUGAUGCCAGAUUUGGUGAGCCCUCUUCAACCAGAGACGGACCUGAGUCAUGGCACCUUGCGCGAUCCAUUUUCCGAACUGCUGCGUCCUGAGACCAUGCAGCCGAUCUAUUUGCUGCCCAUCAGCAACGGCAUCAAACAGCUCUUUACCUUCUUCGUGUUCGGCUUCGAUCUGAAGUUUCAACCAAAGAAGGGCACUUGGAAGACCAAGGUCAUGAAGUUCAUCGUCAGCAGCUUCGUCAAAGUGGCUUUCAUCGCCUUGGCGGUCAACUCGAUGAUCCACGACUAUCACAGGUUCCGUCGGAGGGAUGAUCUGACCGACACCAGCUACAACGAGAUUUUGACGCUGAUGGCUGCGGCUGGGCGUCUGGUGUCACUCGGCGGCGCCGGUGAGGACAUGGUGGGACAUGCAGAUCAUAUCGCUGGCACCUCCCCGAACUUCGGCGCUGGGCUGGGCCUUUGGGGACAGCUGCGGAUCCAGAGUCCCGGAGCGGUCUUUCGGGAAGAUAUCGAGUUCGCACGCUAUCGCCACCUCUGGGUGCCGAGGGCCUCGCACUACCACGACAUCCGCUUCCCGAUUUGCCCCGGCGGGGCCCGUUGGCUGUCCGUCAUGAAACAGCUCUAUGUGCUGGUGCUGUUGCCACCUGGCACUUCGGGGCCUUAUGUGAUUCCCGCCAUGUUUCUGGAAUUUUUGAUGUCGAUUCUCUUCUGUUAUUGGAUCAUUUUCCAGUCCAGGUUGAUGUGUCUCUUGAAAUGUUUGCAAAUCCACAUCUUGAUGAUCUUCUGCAUGUUAGCUUGGUUGCUUUCAUUUGGCCACCUUGGUUCCAAUGGGAUCGCCCGAUAUUGGACGAGCCUCUGGCCCUUUGUGUACAUGUAUUUGGUCUACAUUUUCGCCUCCUUUGUGGUUCCGGUCUUGAUGGCCGUGACCUACGGCCUAUUCAGCGGUUGUGCUAUCCGUCAAAUUAUCAAGGGCAUUGGAUGCCACGGAGACUCCAAACGUGAACACCCGGGGAAGAUCCACAGCACGGUGAACCUCUUCGUGCACUUGUGCGAUGCCGACGAAAAUAGCCGCUGUGGCCGAUGUUACAGAUCCCUCGAGCGGUGGUAUGGCUUCAUGAUGCCCCAUCGAGAGCUGCAAUUGGAGGAGGAAGAUCGCGAGUUGUUGUUGCGCUCCUCGGCCAAAAUGGGAGCAAAGCAGCCUAAAGGACACUGGCAGGGCGUUCUGGAGUUCAUUCAUGAACAGCGUCAAGUCACGAAGCCUUGA